GGUGUGAUGGGCGGCGUGACUGUCGUAUGAUCGUGUGGUCGAAGCGCCGUUAACCUGGGUGCGAUGCAUAAGGCAGCUGCCUUCAGUUAGUCGCACGGACCCGACCAUGACGCGACACGGACUCCUCCUGGCAGCGCUCUGCUGCUGUGCUGCUGCCCUCACUGCACAUGCCGCAACUUCAAAAAGCAGUUCCGACGAGCUUUUCUCCGACUUCGUGGAACAGGACGGCAAAAAGUAUGAGGUCGCUGACCCGCGCGAAGACCCCAACCAGUCCGACUCAAUCCUGGAGGACAGCACGGCGGAGUGGCAGACAGAGAUGGUCAAGGGUCUGUUCAAUCAACGAAAGGCAGAAAAAGAAUUCCUGGACAAGCUCGAGAUCGGUGGUAAGACCCUCAGCGCUAUGGUGAACAACAUUACUAAGGCUUUCACAAGUCUAGAAACGGCCAGACAACAGAAAGGGUCCCAACUCAUCAAGGAGCAUUUUGAAAACGAAGUCAAGCAGUUAAAAAAGUCACAGGCUAAAGUUCUUUCGGAUCUAAAGAGUUUCUUGACCCCCAAGCCAAAUGACUCUGCGCCGGUCAAGUCCCUGAAGUCCCAGGUUCAGGCAAUAAUUGGUAGCAAUUUUGAGCAAGAAAUCCAAGAAGAAAACGCAUUAUUUAAAAAGCAAAUCAGUCAAAUCCAACAAGAGCACAGCAAACAGGUCGUUCACGUCAAAAAUCUAUUUGCUCUGAUCAACGGCUGGAAAAAUACUUUCCGUACUGGCCUUAAAAAGGCUCAGGCGCACCUGGAAGAGAUUGCUGAAAGUUGGGAUAUGCUGUAGUGUCAUACUAUUGUACAUACAAACGUGAAGAAAACGGUUUCUUACGCAUUUUCAA